GGAGCAAUCCCUGUAACCUUUUACAGAAAAGGCGUAGCUAAGGUGCGCAGCGACAAAGACAGCGAGCCCGAAACCUAUGGGGAAGGAAUAAAAAAAGAAAUUCAGUAUCGUCGCACUCUGUACGUAAAGACCAUCAUUUUCGGAAGAGCUCGCUGCCCCGGGGCCUCGGUAAAGACACCGAAAUUUGACGGCAGCGAAGGCGGAUUUUAGCCAGCGUAAAGCCAUUGAAUUCGUUGAAGAAGACUGUGGCAACUGGCAGAUUUUCCGUUGGACGCUCUGUAGGCUAGGGUAUAGCGAGGGAGCCGCCAUGGCAGUCGGAUCAUUGAGCCUCCACAUCGGGAUAUGAAGAGAAACUGCAUGCGUCCCGAAUCGUCAAGAAAACGCCGCAUUUACCUGUGAUCCGCACCGGAUCAAAGCUCUUAACAUCUGAACUCACCCUACUUCAUCUUUGUGAAAUUGAUUCCGCUUCCAGAAAGAAAUCGCAAUUGGUUUUAAUCGGGGGGCCACAGGGAGAGGCCAGAUUCAUGACUAUUUUAGUCGGAGACGUGUCUUCAAAGGGCCGCUGAAAGAAAACCGGGAAUAUAAGGAAGAAACGAUGCUCUGAUUGACCGCUGGUGGGAAAGAAAGGGUAGUUUAUUAGGUGAUAAGAACUAGUGUGAAGGAUCGUGGGAUUUCUGCCUGUCCUCCCCGUGAAUUACAGUGAUAUUCAUUUACUGGCAUCCUCUUUGGAUGAGAAGGGUCGGCGAAUCGAUCAGUCCUGCCGUUUAGCAAGUCACAGUCUCCGAGUCGAGAGAAUCAAAGGGAUUGGAUCAUGUCGGGUCGGCCCAGGACCACAUCCUUCGCGGAGAGCUGCAAACCAGUGCCGCAGCCCUCGGCUUUCGGCAGCAUGAAAGUCAGCAGGGAUAAGGAUGGAAGCAAGGUAACAACAGUUGUGGCCACUCCGGGCCAAGGCCCCGACCGGCCACAGGAGGUGAGCUACACGGACACUAAGGUUAUUGGCAAUGGCUCGUUCGGCGUUGUCUACCAGGCUAAACUCUGUGACUCUGGAGAGCUGGUGGCCAUCAAGAAGGUCCUGCAAGACAAGAGAUUUAAGAACCGUGAGCUGCAGAUCAUGAGGAAGUUGGACCACUGCAACAUAGUCCGCCUGCGCUACUUCUUCUACUCCAGUGGAGAUAAGAAAGAUGAAGUGUAUCUGAAUUUGGUCCUGGACUACGUUCCUGAGACUGUCUACAGAGUGGCCAGACACUACAGCCGAGCCAAACAGACGCUACCCAUGGUUUAUGUCAAGUUGUACAUGUACCAGCUGUUCAGGAGCCUGGCCUACAUCCAUUCGUUUGGGAUCUGCCAUCGGGACAUCAAACCCCAGAACCUGCUGCUGGAUCCAGAGACCGCUGUGCUCAAGCUCUGUGACUUUGGCAGUGCUAAGCAGCUGGUCCGUGGAGAGCCAAAUGUGUCCUACAUCUGCUCUCGCUACUAUCGAGCCCCUGAGCUCAUCUUUGGUGCCACUGACUACACCUCCAGCAUAGAUGUGUGGUCAGCCGGCUGUGUACUGGCAGAGCUGUUGCUAGGGCAACCGAUCUUCCCCGGUGACAGUGGAGUGGAUCAGUUGGUUGAAAUUAUCAAGGUUCUCGGCACCCCAACCCGAGAGCAGAUCCGGGAGAUGAACCCAAACUACACUGAGUUCAAGUUCCCCCAGAUCAAGGCACAUCCUUGGACUAAGGUGAGUCAACAGGUGUUCCGGCCGCGUACCCCUCCGGAGGCCAUCGCCUUGUGCUCUCGCCUGCUGGAGUACACGCCCACGGCCCGCCUCACCCCUCUAGAGGCCUGCGCACACUCUUUCUUUGACGAGCUGCGCGACCCCAACGUCAAACUGCCCAACGGGAGAGAAAAGCCCUCCCUCUUUAACUUCACCACCCAGGAGCUAUCCAGUAAUCCCUCUUUGGCCUCCAUACUCAUCCCUGCCCACGCCCGCAGCCAGGCCGCCGCCUCGACCCCAACCAAUGCCCCUGCCACCACAGAUGGUAGCAGCACAGAGCGAGGUCCCAGCACCACCACCGCCUCUGCCUCGGCCUCCAACUCCACCUCCUGAGCCCGCAGACCAACUGCCCCGUCCCGGUCUCAGCCCCAGCCCAUGGCCUCUCCAUUGCCCCGGCCAGGGGGUGAGCUGUCCUCAGCUCUGCUCUGCCCUGUUCUCCUCCCUGACAGCAGCGGAGCGAUGCUGACACAGUCCGGGUUCAAGAGCUAGACAACAGCCCUAUGAGACCACGACCACAAACCAAGCAUCCCUGAUCUGCCUCUUUUAUCCCCGACUGGCCCCUCAUCCAGCUGUUUGAACUCUACUCUAUCCUCCAUCAAAGAUGUCUCUCCGUGCUCUUUCAACGGGGAAGCAAGGUGCAGGGCCAGAGGUGUUGUCCACUGUACUAUUGAUAAAAGUACACUGUACAUGUAUACACAAUGCUAGCCUGCUAAUGUUUGUAAGAGGACAAUGUGUAGAAAAAGUCCUAAGCUGUUCCCUUUGGCCCUCUCCCUAAAUCCUUUUGUCCUCCCCCGCAUUGUUCCAUUUCUCUGCAUCCUCAUCUUCAUCCUAUGAACUCUGAACCCUGUGUCCCCUGGCCGACCCCCCCCCCCCCCAGUUGCUCCUGUAGUGCAUGUCCUGAGUAUGGUUAGGAUCACCUGGGGGUCACCACGCCCUCUUACUUCUCAACCUCCACUUCCGCAGACAAGGCAUGAGGCUCACACACGAAUAUACAAACAUACACACACAUAAACACACACACACACACGUUAACACACACACACACACACACACACACACGGAUGCAUGACGAUCCUGAAGUAUGUGGAAGAAGCAGUCCACUUGCGGGGGUAAUGUUUGGACAGGUUGUUUUUUUUUUUUUUUUUUCCUUUUUGUGGGGAGGGGGGGUUCUUUGCCUGGGGUUGUUUUUAAAUGGUUAGCAAGCUGUUUUACUCGACCUUGUUUUUAAUUUUUUUUUUUUUUUUUGUACUCCUGGGCAGAUGUUUUUGGAUUGCCAUGUGCGAUGUGACAUGUAUCUGGUCCUGUGUGCUUGUAUAAUAUAUACAUACAAUACAAAACAAACAUGCAUACAUACACAGUUUAUAUAUUACUUUUCCUUAUGUAUAAAAAGUAUAUAUAGAUAAAUGUAUAUUAACUACAAUGGUUCAGAAAUCAUUUAUGGUGAGCUCAUAUCUGGCAGAGCAGUGGCAAUAUUUGCUGCUGCCUAAAGACAAUAGAUUUAGAUAAGGUGGUGUUUUGUUUUUUUGUUUGUUGCUGGAGUGUGGUUAGAUUCCAGCAGUCACUUCCCUGCUCUCCUGUGUUGUCUGUAUUAAGGCUGUAAAUGGAUUUAGGGCAUUGCUCUAUUCCGUCUUUGUACCGACUGUCUGUAACAGUGUUUCUGUGACAGUGCAGCAUCUAGACAAACAUCUUCCCCUGUCUAGAUCUUCCUCUUUCUCUCUCUCUCUCUCUCUCUGAAGAUUUCAAGAUGUUUCUUAACACUUUGCUUUCCUCGACUCUUUGAGAAGUCUCAGCGGUGGUUCUUGGCUCACCCCUGGCUUCCUUAUGUGUUGUGACCACUGACUGAAGUGUUAGCCUAGCGUUCUUCCUCCUCCACCUGCCGCACAUAGAGCCACUCGGUACAGUCUGUUGAAACGUCUUAUUUACAGAGAAUACUCACUACAUUUAAAAAAAAGAAUAAAAGAAAAAAAAAAAAGAAAAAAGCAGAAUUUGUAUAUACAGUAUAAAUGCUCCUCACCAAAACUUGUAUGACUUGUAUGUUGUUUUUUAUGUUGUUAUGUUGAUUAUUUUUUCCAUGUUGUGUUCAAGGUAUGUAUAUAUGCAGACCCAUGUACUGUUGAUGAGCAAAAACAAAGAUGACAAAGGAUAGAGAGAAAUAAAAAAGCUUAAAAAAAAACUAAAAAAAAAAAAGCAGAAUCAGGGCAAAACUGAUGUUGUUUAUGGAUAUUGUAGAUGACGAUAAUGAUCAGCUUUAUCCAGCCAUAUGUUCAAUCUUACCUGUACAGUACAGUAGAUGACAGCUGUAUUAUUGUAACAAGAAAUAGUCAUGUAUAGUGUAACUAUAGUUUGGAGUGCCUUUGCUUUCAUACACCUUCGCCUUGUUUCCCCCAUCACCAAGCCCCCCCCCUCCCAAAAAAAACCCGCUAUGGUGACUCUCCCUUUGGUGCUGUUGAAUGUCCUGCUAUCCUGCAACAAGCUCACACAUGCACACAAACACACACACACUAUUCCACUUGACGUUCAAUCCCCUCCACUUGUACGUCUUUCCCUUUUUCGCUGCACACUUAAUGUAAUAUACAGACAUUGUUAAUUGUAAGGAUAUUUUCCUUAACUGAAGAUAAAGUAGACAAGUGUUUAUUUUAAUAGAUGUUUUAUCUUGGAUACACAUGCACGCACAAACGUGUAUACCACAGUCCUGGCACAGACUCCCGGGCAUGAAGUGGGUGGGGUGGGGGGGUUGUGGAUGGCAGCAGGGGUUUAAAAAAAAAGGGCCUCAUAUACUGUAUAUAUACAAUACAGUGCAGAUUCUGUAUUACUCGCAGUGUUGGUCUGUUACCAAAGCCAAACUAUGAUGUAGUUGUGAUGAGCCAUCCUCAGAGGCAAUAAUGUAUUCUGACUCUCUUCUUCUCUCUAUGGAUAUUUUGUCGUUUCUCCUCCCUGUCUGCAUAUUCGGGGGGAAUUCAGUAGCACCUAAAGGGGUCAAGUCAUGUAGCCUUUCUCCUGUCUCCUGCUUGCUGUAAUUUAGCAUUCAUGAACGUGUUGUUACCCUCCACCAGAAAGUCUGACCACUUCACCCUACCCCGAACUCCAGUUGAACAAAAACACCAACAAAAGCUACCAAAAAAGAAGACACGCAAGUCUAUAUAUACUAGUAUAUUAUUAUACUAGCAUAUAUACUAGUUUAUUACGCUAACUGGGGUUAAAGAAAAGAAAAAUCAUAGAAAAUACUACAAAAACAUCCUGUAUAACAGUACUACUACUUGAAUGCCUCUGUUUGUGACUGAAAUUUUUAUUUCAUUUGUUUUUUUUUUUUCUUUUGUUCUGUGAAGGUAUGCUAAAUGUGCGCCUCUGUAAAUAUUCCCUCUGCGUGCUCUGAGGAAUAGUUCCCUGGUACUGUAAUUUGCAUUAAAUAAAGAGUAGGAUAGCCUGGAAAUGAUACAACUCU